AUGGGUGCAUCAGCCUUAGGUUCUACUUUUGCAAAUUAUAUUAAUCUCUCAAAUUUAACACUUGACCUUAGUUACAAUAAAAUUGGUGCAAUGGGUGCAUAAGGAUUAGGUUCUACUUUAGCAAAUUGCAUUAAUCUUUCAAAUUUAACACUUGACCUUAGAGGCAAUUAAAUUGGUGCAAUGGGUACAUCAGGCUUAGGUUCUGCUUUAGCAAAUUGCAUUAAUCUCUCAAAUUUAACACUUGAACUUAGUAAAAUUUAAAUUGGUCCAAUGGGUGCAUCAGGCUUAGGUUCUGCUUUAGCAAAUUGUAUUAAUCUCUCGAAUAUAACACUUUAACUUUAGUAAAAAUAGUUUAUUAGUUUUGGAUUGUGA